AUGGUGAUGCAGUUGUUUGGUCAGUUGCAUAAGUUGUGUAAGGAGAAAGAGAAGGACCAGAAGUUUGUUCCUUACGUCUGGAUCACGAUGUGGUGGGACAAUGACUACAUCGGUUGGGAUCUGGAUAGAUUUUGUGACAUGAAGUUUCUUUCUAUUCCUGCUGAAAUAAUGUGGAAGCCUGAUCUCACCAUUGAAGAGAUGACAGAGGUGGACAAAGCCCCUCCGAGUCCUUAUCUUGCCAUUACCAAUGAAGGUAAAGUCGAAGUCACGAAUGACCAGGUGCUGGUGAGCACAUGCAGGAUGCAAAUUUACAGAUUCCCAUUCGACAUUCAGAGUUGCAGCCUCUCAUUCAAGUCUGUCAUACACUCCGUUGAGGAGAUACAGAUCUUUCCUUACUUCAACUCCAAUGAGGCCACAAAGGAGUCUAAGCAGUUGAUGCGGACCCAGUCAGAGUGGCUGUUCAUGGACCUUGAAGUUACAAACAAGACUGUUAAUAAUUUUGGCUUCAACCAAAGUGUGGUGGUUUACACUAUCACCAUGAAGAGGAGGCCGGUCCUUUACGUUGCAAACUUUUUGCUGCCUAUCUUCUUCUUCUUGUGUCUGGACAUGGCCUCCUUCCUCCUCUCAGACACCGGGGGCGAGAAGCUCGGCUACAAGAUCACCGUGCUGCUUGCUGUCACGUUGAUGCAGAUUCUUCUCAACGACAUACUACCGUCGACAUCCAACAGGAUUCCUCUCAUAGUGAUCUACUGCAUGGGAAUGUUUUCCCUGAUGUUGCUCAGCGUCCUGGAGACGAUUUUGGUGAUGUAUCUGAUAGAGAAAGACUCUGAAUCCCAGGACAACGAGACUGACAGGGAGCAAACCUUGAAUGAGGACAACUUGCACCGGUGCAAAGGUGACACGGUUGCUGACCUGCCGCCGGUGGCCAAAGAGGGAAGCCGGAGCAAAAGGACGGAGGAGUCUCAAGCCUCGGAAAAGCAUUCAGAGGAGCUGCAGGAGGUGAUGAAAACGCUGAUUGUGCUGCUCAGCAGCAGGAUGGGGGAAAGGAAGCCCAGCUACUGGACCAAAAUGACUAAAAGAAUCAACAAAGUUUUCUUCAUUUCCUACGUCAUAGCUGCCAGUCUGUUUAUACUCUUUAUGACUUUGAGUUGGUGUUGGCUGGAGGAUAAUUAACAUAGCAAAUGAGUAAAGCGUGAAUGAAUUAAUUAUUAAAUUAUCAUCCUCAGACAUGCAUGUUGCAGGUAAUGCAUUGCAUUUUUGCACACAUAUGCUACACGUGUACUCCAACCUUCACCUGUACAAAGCUAUUCUAUUAGCUAAAUGCUAAUGCCUGUAUGCUAGCAUGUUCACGGUAACAAUUCCUAACAUAUCAGCAUUUCGAAUGGUUUAAUAUUAAAAUUUGUCACGUUUAUGAUAGUCUAAGAAAUCAAAACAUUAUGUCAAGAACCACCAAAAUGGUUUGAUAGUUUGUGUUGUUGCUUCCAUCAGUUGUUGAGACUAAACUAAGUGUUGGAGCCAAGUUGCUAAUGUGAAAAAAAUAAAAUAUUAAAAAAGUAUGUCUCCAAGCUGAGGCUGACCUUUAUGACUGAGAGGAUUUAUGUGAAUCAGACCGCUAUCCUGACAUCUGUC